AUGUGCAUGAUGCAGACAGACCUACUCAAUCACUCCCACCUCAUCUGUCUCCGGAGGAUACUGAAGCUGAGGUGGCAGGAUCGAAUCCCCGACAUUGACUUACUGGAGCGGACAGGAAUCCUCAGCAUCUGCGCCAUGCUGAGACAACUGCAACUGGGUUGGAGCGGCCAUCUCGUGCGAAUGAACGACGAGCAGCUAGCCAUACGACUCUUCUAUGACGAUGUUGUUUCGCGCCGCCAAGGAAGUCAAAUCCGUCGAUACAAGAAUACUCUGAAGACCUAUCUCAAGCGUCAGGCUGCAAUGGCUUCUUCUCAAUGUGUCCCCAUCGGACAUUUCCGGACUCAAUGCAUCAACAGUUUAUCAACUCCAAAUGCUGCCUUCACGGCUGCCCCUCCUCCAGUCCUCCAAGGCGUACACUGCGACAACCGUCUUCGUCAUCGAUGCUCAACAUUUCUGCACCCCGACGCCGUCGAUCCCCGUCAUUUCCAUCAUCCGUGCCACAACCGCCGCGACGACGACGACGACGACGGCGACCAUCACAGCCCCCAUUCCCACCACCGAACAAAACGCUUCCGACAGCCUGUCAAUCACCACCACCAUCCCCAGCGAUGUAGACCCUCUGCCCUGACCUGUCCUCCCUGCGAUCGCACAUUCACCCUGCAUAUCGGCCAGGUCGGCCACUUGCAAUCCCAUUACACUGCGACGGAUGUAACCGUGCCGGGAGCCCUGCACACACUGGCAGCAUCCGUAGUUACUGUCCACGUGCAUUCGAACACCGCAUUGGCAUAUUCGGCCACAUGCAUAUGCACAACGGCGGAAUUCAUCGCGGAAUCGACACGGCUAACAUACUUUGCACAUCCAGCGUCCCUUCCAUUCCCAACCUAG